AUGAGGGGUCAACUCACAAUCGACACAAACACAGUGAACAGAAACCUCAAACUGUCUGAAGACAACAUGAAGGUGACACAUGAAGAGGAGCUUCAGUCAUAUCCUGAUCAUCCAGACAGAUUUGAUUACAGGCAUCCUCAGCUGCUGUGUAGAACUGAUCUGACUGGUCGCUCUUACUGGGAAGUUGAGUGGAGAGGAGUUGUUUACGUAUCAGUGAGUUACAGAGGGAUCAAGAGGAGAGGAGGCAGUGAAGACUGUAUGUUUGGAGGAAAUAAUCAGUCCUGGAGUCUGAGAUGCUCUGAUCGUCAUGGUUUCUCUGUCUGGCACAAUAACAUAAAAGCACCCAUAUCCUCCUCCUCCGCCAUCUCUAACAGAGUAGCAGUGUAUGUGGACUGUCCUGCUGGUAUUCUGUCCUUCUACAGCGUCUCCUCUGACUCUCUGAUCCACCUCCACACCUUCAACACCACAUUCACUGAACCUCUGCUUCCUGGGUUUAGAGUUUGGUAUGCUGGUUCCUCAGUGUUUUUGUGCUGAUUGAGUCUAAAGAGUCUCCUUCUGUCAGAGAAAGCCUCUCCCUGUUGAACAGAUAGUUCA